AUGGGUUCCGUUGCACAAUCUACUCUUCCCGCCGAUUUUCUCUGGGGGUUCGCCACGGCCGCGUAUCAAAUUGAGGGUGCGGUGAAUGAAGAUGGUCGAGGCCCUUCGAUCUGGGAUACUUUUUGCAAAAUCCCGGGGAAAAUUGCCGGUGGGGGGGUCGGGAGAGAUCGCCUGCGACUCAUAUCAUCGCACACAGGAGGAUAUCGCCCUGUUGAAAGAAUGUGGUGCUCAGGCGUAUCGGUUUUCACUGUCUUGGUUUGUGUGUCUCGGAUCAUUCCUCUCGGCGGUCGCAACGACCCCGUCAAUGAGCAGGGAUUGCAGCAUUAUGUCAAAUUCGUGGAUGAUCUGCUCGAGGCGGGAAUUGUCCCCAUGCUGACUUUGUUCCAUUGGGACCUCCCCGAAGAAUUGCAGAAGCGCUAUGGGGGCUUUUUAAAUAAAGAGGAGUUUGUUGCUGACUUUGCCCACUACGCCAGGCUGGUUUACAAGGCGUUUGGCUCCAAGGUCAAGCAUUGGAUCACCUUCAACGAACCCUGGUGCAGCAGCGUACUCGGGUACAACAAUGGGUCUUUUGCCCCAGGCCACACAAGCGACCGUCUCAAGAGUCCCGUCGGAGACAGUUCGACCGAGCCCUGGGUGGUCGGACACAGUAUCCUCGUGGCACAUGGAGCCGCGGUCAAGAUCUACCGAGACGAAUUCAAGGCGCAAGAUGGUGGUGAGAUCGGCAUUACGCUGAAUGGCGACUGGGCUGAACCCUGGGAUGCCGAAAACCCCGCGGAUAUUGAGGCCUGCGAUCGCAAGAUUGAGUUCGCUAUCUCAUGGUUUGCCGAUCCCAUUUAUCACGGCAAAUACCCCGACAGCAUGAUCAAGCAGCUAGGCAACCGACUACCAACGUGGUCACCAGAGGACAUCGCCUUGGUCCACGGCAGCAAUGACUUUUACGGAAUGAACCAUUAUUGCGCGAACUACAUCCGCGCCAAGACAGGAGAGCCUGAGCUCGAUGAUAUUGCGGGAAAUUUGGAACUCCUGCUGGAAGAUAAAGAUGGGAACAGUAUAGGACCUAUCACGCAGUCGCCAUGGUUGCGACCAUGUGCGAUUGGAUUCCGCAAGUUGCUUGUAUGGCUUAGCGAGCGAUAUGGAUAUCCAAAGAUUUACGUUACGGAGAACGGGACGAGUGUGCUGGGCGAGAAUGAUAUGCCGUUGGAUCAGUUGCUAGAUGACGAGUUCCGGGUUCAGUAUUUCCGGGAUUACAUCGGUGCUAUGGCCGAUGCUUAUACAUUGGAUGGCGUUAACGUGAGGGCUUAUAUGGCCUGGAGUCUUAUGGAUAACUUUGAGUGGGCUGAAGGCUACGAGACUCGCUUCGGGGUGACCUUUGUCGACUAUGAGCAUGACCAGAAGAGGAUCCCCAAGAAAAGUGCUAAGAGCAUUGGCCAGAUUUUUGACAGGUUGAUUGAGAAAGUCUGA